GUGCCAGGAAUGGCUUGGUACGAACCAGGAUGCGCAAGAAUUUUUGCAGUACUUGUGCAGUGCUUUGGAAGACGAUCAGGUGCUGAUUGUCAAUCUGAAGCGAAACCUGCCGGACGGGCAGGAUGCGACGCCUGUAGAAAAUGAGCAGUACACAUCGGCUGCGAGCAGUGCUUCGCUGAGUGCAGCAGCUUGCCAAACUGCAGCUAAGAGGAUGCCUGACGACACGUGGGUGCGGUUUGAUGAUUCGAAAGUGGAGGAGGGAUACGUUCUGGUGUACGAAGUUUGUAUAUCCCAGCAUGGAAAGAAGGAACCCGUGAUGGCUGGAGAGAUUGAACAAGCGGAGUUGAAGGUGCCAGCAGCAGUGCCCCAUUCCCAGAAAAGUGGAAAAGGAUUGAAGAGCAAAGCAAAGAAGGCUGACGUGGCUUUUAGCUGCAAUUGCUUUGAGAUCAACAUGAGUGAGAGCUCGACCAUGACACAUCCAAAGUCCUUUGAGAGUCACAUCACACAAAAGGAUUACAGAAAGACCAUCAUCAGACAAACAGGAAAGGAAGAGAUCAUCAUAGAGGAUGGCUAUCAACAGAAGGAGAAGAAGGAUCAGAACAAGAUCAUCGAAGGAGUGAUUUGGAACUAUCAUGUCCCUGUGACCAUCGAUCGUGCCAUGAAAGAUGAUCGAACUGAGCAUCUGAUGAAGAUCGGGCAUGCAGGCUUGCAUCUUCUCUGCUCAUCAAGACCUUUGGAGGCAGCAGUGAAGCAGGGCAUCAUCGACGCCUGCCUGGCAUCUGGGACUACCAUCGCGAGUCCAUCGACCAUCCCGGGGAAGAGGUUCAGAGGACAUCCUGAGCACCACAUCUACCUGAAAGAGAUGUUGGAGUACAUCAGGGACAGUCAUCGACCCAGCAAGGAAGAACAUCCCUCUGUUCCAUCUCAUCAUUUUGAUGAACCUGUGGAUGAGAUCGAAGAGACCAUCUGA